AAAUAAUGGGAAAUAAAAAGCAUUUGCAGUUUGUUUGACAGUAUUGAAUGCAUUUAAAUUACGCAAGUUAGAAAAAGAUUAUAUUUUGCGAAUAAAGGAAGCAAUUUUGAGUUGAUAUAUGGCUCGGCAGAGUCACUUGCCUCUGAGGAAUGAUUUUGGUUCCCAGAUUAUCCCAGGACCUUAUCCAACUGAAUUGCCUCCACAUUCUCGGUCUGAUAGGCUUCGACAGCGAGCUUAUCUUCCAAUUCAGAAAGCAAAUCGUCCUUUCUUGCGUGCUUCUUUACCUGUGCUUAACCUUUCUAUUGGCAUGCCGGGAUAUGAUGGUUUAAAACAUCCUCCAAUGCAGAAUGUGAUUGCUUCAAAUUCCUUUGCUCAGGGAAACACUCAUCCUCAUACUAUGCCCUUUUCACAACGGUUGCUGGGAAACAAAAUGCAACCAUUUCCUGGUGAGAGUUUGUCACCAGGUGGACUUCUAACUCAUCUUCGUAUAUUCGCACCACCCUAUGGUUGACUGUAUCUGUAAUCUUGCUGGGAAGAUGAAUUCUUCACUAAAAGAUCCACCAGAUAUUAGGGACGCAACAUCCCAUCAUGUUGAUAUUGGAGGAUCAACUAGUUCAACAUUUCCUAAUCCAUAUGCAUCUACUCUUGACCAGCCAAUAAAUUCCAAAUGCCGUUCUGAUGUUAUGCAAGAAAAAGAUACAACCUAUAAUAACACAUGCUCCUGUUGAUGGGAAAGGUAUUGGAUCGCAACAAGGAACUUCCUCACCCAAUUCUGCCAGGGCUGUUGGUCAGAAUUUUCCUAGAUCAGGUGGUGACCAGUAUGAUCCACUCGUUGAUAGCAUUGAGCCAUCUACAAGGUUAUCCAGCAAAUUUGAUUAUUUGCAAAAGUUGGAAGUGACAGGUGACUCUGACAUCUUAUUGGGGCUUAGUGGUUCCAACAAACCAUUGGAUAUGGAGGAAAACAACAAAAGGAAAGAUGCUGGAGCCAUUGAUUCUGCGGCAUCUGCAGAUAAUAAGGAAUUUGGUGAGACUGCUGAUGCUGAAGUUGGUGCUGUUGAGAAUGUCAGCCCAAGUAAUCCAGUUGAAGUCAACAUGGCUACUGGUGAGAUUGAGAUUGAUCAGAUAAAGUCUCCAGGGAAGAGCAAGAAGAGCAAAGAUUCCAGAUCAAUGAAGGUUUUCAAGUUUGCCCUUGCAGAUUUUGUAAAGGAGGUUUUAAAGCCAUCAUAGCAGCAGGGUAAUAUAAGCAAGGAGGCUUUUAAGACAAUUGUCAAUAAGACUGUUGAUAAAGUAUCAGGAGCUACGAAGAGCCACCAGAUACCCAAAUCUCGUGCAAAGAUUGAUCAAUACAUUGAGUCAUCUCAGCGGAAAUUGACGAAAGUUGUGAUGGGAUAUGUUGAUAAAUAUGUCAAAGUGUAAGGUGGCUUCAAUUUUGAUCCCAGGCAUUUUCACUGGUCAAAGGUUUUGAUUAAACAGGCGAGUUUCUUUCCCACGCUUGGGGUUGAGGACCAUAUUCCAGAGCCAUUGAAGCUUUGAAAAGUAAUUCUAUUUGUUGCAGUGCUUUGAGAAAGGAUCAGAAAUAUUGACUUGGUGAUGAUAGAAAGUUGGUUUGUAUAGUUUGUAAAGGUAGGAUCAAAGGAAACGCUAAGGUUAUGAACAGGUGAUGAAGGCAAGAGAUUGUUUAUCAGUCUCAGCAAUGUUCUAUGGAAGAUCCAGAAAUGUCUAUGCAAUGUUCA